UCUCGCUGCCCCUCACGCCCGGACUUACAGCAGCAGCGGCGUUGGCCCAGGAGGGAGCCUUGGCCAGCGAGUCUCGGGCCUCAGUGGCGCAGAGGCGCGGAGGGCUUCGAAGAAAGACAGGGUCCCCAGUCGGUCUCGACGCUCACGGUCCGCUCGGCCGCGCCUUCGCGCCCUCCCGCCCCUACGUGCCCCGCGGCGCCGGCGAACAGGCGGCCACGCGGACUUGCUGGCGGGGACGGGGUUCUGAGCCGCACUGCGCAUGUCCCGCAGUCAGGCCGGCAGAGGCGGUGUUCCCCGGCCGCGCGCCGCGCGCCGCGCUCAUUAGUAAUUGUCCUGCUCCCGGGAGGCGAGGGCGCGUGGGGCGCGGCUUCUUGUGGCUGUGCCGUGGUCCCCGCGACCGAGGGGCGUCCGGGCCGAUGAGCUUGCCGCUUCCCCGUGCCCUGUAGAGGUUUCGAGACAGAGAGAGAAGGACGGGCCGGUUCCGAGCCCUCCGGACCGCUUGUGGGGAACUGAACCUGCACGCGGGGCCGGAACGUGGAACUGCGAGGCCGCGGAGAGGAAGGUGCAAUGGCGAGGAGUUUACCCUUAAUCUUCAUCCUGACCUUCACUCUGUCAGUCACAAAUCUCCUUCAUGAAGUAGAAUCAGCAACUGCUCUCCCUCAGACCACGGAGAAAAUUCCAAACUGGGAAUCUGGCAUUGAUGUUGAUUUGGCAGUUACCACCCAGCGACAUCAUCUACAGCAGCUUUUCCAUCGCUAUGGAGAAAAUAAUUCUUUGUCAGUUGAAGGGUUCAGAAAGUUACUUCAGAAUAUAGGCAUAGAUAAGAUUAAAAGAGUUCAUUUACACCAUGACCAUGAGCAUCACUCUGACCAUGAGCAUCACUCCGACCAUGAGCAUCACUCCGACCAUGAGCAUCACUCUGACCAUGAGCAUCACUCCGACCAUGAGCAUCACUCUCACCGUAAUCAUGCUGCUUCCGGUAAAAAUAAUCGGAAAGCUCUUUGCCCAGACCUUGACUCUGAUAGUUCCAGUAAAGACACUAGAAAAGCUCUUUGCCCAGACCUUGACUCUGAUAGUUCCAGUAAAGACACUAGAAACAACCAGGGGAAAGGAUCUCGCCGAUCAGAACAUGCCAAUAGUAGAAGGAAUGUUUUAAUCAAAGAUGGUGUUGGUGCUAGUGAAGUGACCUCAACUGUAUAUAAUGCUGUCUCUGAAGGAACUCAUUUUCUGGAGACAAUAGAAACUCCAAAACCUGGAAAGCUCCCUAAAGAUGUGAGCAGUUCCACUCCACCCAGUAUUACAGAAAAGAGCCGGAUGAGCCGGCCCGCUAGGAGAAAAACAAAUGAAUCUGUGAGUGAGCCCAGAAAGGAGUUUAUGUAUUCCAGAAACACAAAUGCAAAUACUCAGGAGUGUUUCAAUGCGUCAAAGCUGCUCACAUCACAUGGCAUGGGCAUCCAGGUUCUGCUGAAUGAAAUGGAGUUCAACUAUCUCUGCCCAGCCAUCAUCAAUCAAAUUGAUGCUAGAUCGUGUCUGAUUCAUACAACGAGUGAAAAGAAAGCUGAAAUCCCUCCAAAGACCUAUUCUUUACAAAUAGCCUGGGUUGGUGGCUUUAUAGCCAUUUCCAUCAUCAGUUUCCUGUCUUUGCUGGGUGUUAUUUUAGUGCCUCUCAUGAAUCGGGUGUUUUUUAAGUUUCUCCUGAGUUUCCUUGUGGCAUUGGCUGUUGGGACAUUGAGUGGUGAUGCUUUUUUACAUCUUCUUCCACAUUCUCAUGCAAGUCACCACCAUAGUCACAGCCAUGAAGAAACAGCAAUGGAAAUGAAGAGAGGGCCACUGUUCAGUUAUCUGUCUUCUCAAAACAUAGAAGAAAGUACCUAUUUUGAUUCCACAUGGAAGGGUCUAACAGCUCUGGGAGGCUUGUAUUUAAUGUUUCUUGUUGAACAUGUACUCACAUUGAUCAAGCAAUUUAAAGAUAAGAAGAAAAAGAAUCAGAAAAAAACUGAAAAUGAUGAUGACGAGGAGAUUAAGAAGCGGUUGUCCAAGUAUGAAUCUCAACUUUCAACAAAUGAGGAGAAAGUAGACGCAGAUGAUCGGCCUGAAAGCUAUUUACGAGCAGACUCACAGGAGCCCUCCCACUUUGAUUCUCAGCAGCCAGCAAUCUUAGAAGAAGAAGAGGUCAUGAUAGCCCAUGCACAUCCACAGGAAGUCUAUAAUGAAUAUGUACCCAAAGGGUGCAAGAAUAAAUGCCACUCGCAUUUCCAUGAUACACUGGGCCAGUCAGAUGAUCUCAUUCACCACCAUCAUGACUACCAUCAUAUUCUUCAUCACCACCACCACCAAAACCACCACCCCCACAGUCACAGUCAGCGCUACUCUCGGGAGGAGCUGAAAGAUGCUGGCAUUGCCACACUGGCAUGGAUGGUGAUAAUGGGCGAUGGCCUGCACAAUUUCAGCGAUGGCUUAGCAAUUGGUGCUGCUUUCACUGAGGGUUUAUCGAGUGGUUUAAGUACUUCUGUUGCUGUGUUUUGUCACGAGUUGCCUCAUGAAUUAGGUGACUUUGCUGUUUUACUAAAGGCUGGCAUGACUGUUAAGCAGGCUGUUCUUUAUAAUGCUUUGUCAGCCAUGCUGGCAUAUCUUGGAAUGGCAACAGGAAUUUUCAUUGGUCAUUAUGCUGAAAAUGUUUCUAUGUGGAUAUUUGCACUUACUGCUGGCUUAUUCAUGUAUGUUGCUCUGGUUGAUAUGGUACCUGAGAUGCUGCACAAUGAUGCUAGUGACCAUGGAUGUAGCCGCUGGGGAUAUUUCCUUUUACAGAAUGCUGGGAUGCUUUUGGGAUUUGGAAUAAUGUUGCUUAUUUCCAUAUUUGAACAUAAAAUUGUGUUCCGUAUAAAUUUCUAAUUAGGGUAUAAAUGGUAGAGUAGCUUAAAAAAAUGCUGUCUGUAGUUUGAAUAGGUCAUAGGGAGAUGAGAGUAGUUACUGUGAUAUUCAGCAUUUAAAGUAAGUGGAUUUUGUGAUUUUUGUAUGGAAUAUUGCCAUUUGUUAUGCUUAUGAGGUCAGUUAUGGUGGUAACCUAAAGGUACAUUUUAAUAUUUAAGUUAUUCUAUUUGGGGAAUAUAAUCUAUAUAUGCAAUUUACCGGUUUUACCAGUCUAUUGUAUAAACAAGAGAUUUGGCAUGAAUGUUCUGCAUAUUUCAAGAAAAAUGUCUUUCGUGUUUUUUUCUAGAACUAAUUUAACAGUAAUUCCCAUGCUGGAUUUUAGGACUCCAUAGAACUGCUCAUGUUCAGGAGUAAGAAUACUCACGAAGCCUAAGAUGCCAAGAAAGCUUGUACUGAAUUUAAGUUAAGAAAUAAGGAGGGGCAAAAAAUAUGUGAGGAUUAAGAAGGCAUAAAUUUAUUUUUUAAAAAAUCACACAAGUGUUUGUAAAAUAGAAGGAAAAUUUAGAUUUAAAUUAAAAAGGCAAUAUUAGUAUAGAGCACAUGUGUAAACAUUUUUGUCAGAGUAUUAAUGUUCCCAUAAAACCAUAGUAAGCACUUUUUACUAAUUUAGUUGUUCAUUUAACUUUAUAAUGGAAACAUCUAAAUAUAAUUAAUUCAAACACUAUACCACUUGACCAAGAAAUUUAAAUUUUAAAAUAUUUGUGUGGAGAUAUACUAGAUGAGUGUGAGCAAGUUUCUGUAUUGACAGAAGAUUUAGACAUCACCAAGUUAUGUAUUGCCCAAAGCUAUAAUUGGAUAGUUACCUGGUUUACCAAAUGUCAGCGUAUUAGGACUUUGAGAAAAGGAUGUUAAAACCAUACUGAGUUUAUUUUGACUUCUGGAUUCAGGAAGUACUUUGGUAUCUUUCAGUGCUUCAGUGUUUUCAUUAUGACAUGUUUAUAUACAGUAUAGUACUUUAGACAUCCUAGGGCUGUCUGUGGAAUUCUUUAGAUGUUGCUUUUCUACAAAAUAAAAUCCCCAUGUCAUCUUGA